GUUUCAGAAAUUGUUCUUUCAAUCCUUCUUCCCACUUCAAUACCAUAAAAAACACAACAUUCAAAAUGAUGCAUAUUCCGACAUACGGCGUCGAAGCUUUUCCGACGCCCAAUUCCGGCGAACUUCCAGUGUUUUGCAGGAGCACAAGCUUCAGCAGCCUUAUUCCAUGUUUGACGGAGAAUUGGGGUGACUUGCCGUUAAAGGUUGAUGAUUCAGAGGAUAUGGUGAUUUACGGCAUUUUGCGUGACGCAGUUAGUGUUGGGUGGACUCCGUUUAAUUUCUCCGGUAAAGAAAUUAAAGCCGAGACAACUCCGUUUAAUUUCUCCACUAAAGAAGUUAAACCCGAGCUGAUACCGUUUAAUUUAUCCAGAAAAGAAAUUAAAGCCGAGUCUACUGAAUCAGAGACGUCGACGCCAGCUACCUACACACCUCCAUCACAGGCGUCGCCGGUGAAGAUAGAAGAAGCGGUUUCAACAUCCGCCGCGGCGGCGUCGCCGAAGGGAAAACACUACCGAGGUGUGAGACAAAGACCGUGGGGAAAGUUUGCGGCGGAGAUAAGAGACCCGGCUAAAAGUGGCGCGAGGGUGUGGCUUGGGACGUACGAAACGGCUGAAGAAGCCGCGACGGCGUACGACAUAGCGGCAUACAGGAUGCGUGGCUCCAAGGCUUUGUUGAACUUCCCACACAGAAUCGGCUUGAAUGAGCCUGAGCCAGUGAGGGUUACAUCAAAAAGAAGAUCUCCUGAGCCGUCAACAUCGGCUUCAUCAGCUUCUGUAAGUGGAUCGCCUAAGAGGAGAAAUAUAAAAGUGACGACGGCUGAGCACGUGGAGCCGGAAGUGCAGAGCCGAUCGUCAAAUGUGGUUGACGCCGUUAAUGGUUAAGUAGAUAUAAAAGCGAAGUCGUUUGUAAAACAAAAUGUAGUUGCCAAAUUGCAACUCAUGGGGUCCAUCAUGAUGAUUGAUGGCCAUGGGUAACAUAGAAUAUACACGGCGGGCCGCCCGACCCGAAUGUAUUCGGACUUGAGUUGAAUUGAAAAUGUGCCCGGUUAUACCUUUAA